AUGAAAUCAGGUCGCGGUGCAUUGGUGUGUUUGUCAGCUGAGCCCCGUGCUCGCGCUCGUAGGAUGCUAGUGGUUGCCGGCGGUUCCUGUCACGACGCGGCCUCACAUCCACCACAUUCAACGGAUAAUAUACUGUCAUCUGCGCUCAAGUUUGAUCUCCAUAAGAGGGAAUGGGAGGAACUAUCUCCUAUGGGAAUAGCUCGUAUACAACCGGGAGUAGCGAGCCUGGGUGGAAGGGUGUACGCCGUUGGUGGAGAACAAGGCAGCCAGAUAUUAGCCAACGGAGAGGUGUACGAUCCACAGACUGAUAAAUGGUCAUACAUUGCAUGUAUGAAAGAGGCUCGCUGUGAGUUCGGUCUAACAGCUUGGAAAGGCAACUUGUACGCUUUCGGUGGUUGGGUGGGAUCAGAAAUGGGAGCGUCCGUGGAGGUCUACGAUCCAAUAUCUGACGAAUGGACACUCAUAGACAGGAUGCCUGAACCGAGAUUCGGGAUGGGCGUUGUUAAUUUUGAAGGGUUAAUCUAUGUAGUGGGUGGUUGUACCCACACAUGGCGUCACACAAGGGACCUUCUCUGCUAUCAUCCAGCGUCUCGCAAGUGGCGCCCCCUAGCUCCAAUGCGUCACGCCCGCUCGCAGGCCGCGGCCGUUGUGUACUGGGGGCGCAUCUAUACCUUUGACGAUGAUUCAUGGGAAGAAGUCGGAAGCUUGGUUGAGGCGCGUGCGGGGUGCGCGGCGGGGGCGGCGGACGGGCUGCUGGUGGCCGCCGGCGGGGACAGCGAGUGCGGCGGCAAAAGAGACUUCUACCGCGCCCGCACCACGCUCGCCUCCGUAGAAAUAUACGACCCGACGCGAGACACGUGGACGUCCACGACCUCUCUGCCUCAUUCACGAGCCGAAGCCGGCGCCGCCUUACUCUGA